AUGUACGGAGUAUUCACCUGCGUCGCCGUCGCCGUCGUCGUCGUAGUCGUCGUCGUCGUCGUCGUCGUCGUUGCUGUAGUCGUCCGAUUCGUGCUCUCGCUAUCCCAGAACGCUGACGCAUCCCCAAAGAAGGAGCUGAGCUGCCAGCAUCACUACCACCUCGUCGAGUCGUGGUGUCCCAAGUACAUCGAGACUCAGAAACGGUGCCCUCCUACCAUAGUCAGCAAGCAAUACUGCCGCCUGCCGUGA